ACCUGCUAAGGAAACAGAUUCAUUUUUCAACACGCACUUCAAGUACUGCACAUCGACACAGAAAGGCGGUGUCUGUAGUCUGAAUUCAUGACAAGAUGUAUGUGCCACGGCGCUUCUAUCUGGUCAUCUACAUAAUAUUUUCAGGUGAGUCUUUGGUGUUUUUUUUGUUAUUUACCUAAAACUAUAAUCAAAACCAUAAUUCACAAAAUAUGGGGUGAAUUAUGGUUUUGAUCGGAAAAUGUGGAAAUCAUCUAAAUGGUUAAAUUUGAAGUAACUAAAAUAAUCAAUAUGUAGUUUUUAUUUUAAAGUUACAGCUAUCCUUUUUACUGAAAUUGUGACAAUUUAUGAGCUUGUUUCUUCUGUUUAAGUGGAAAGGAAACAGUGUAAACAAGAAGAAUAAAAACAGGAACUCUUCACCACAAACGGGUGCAUUUCAUUCUUGUCUGCAGCCAUCCCAAUUACGUCAGCUUUCAACAUUGAUACAACAAGCUCUACCGUUCGUCGUGGCGAGCAGAAAGAUUUCUUUGGAUACAAAGUGCUUCAGUACAUGUCACCCAAGAACAAAGGGGUGAUCGUUACUGCACCGCUGCGGCGAAAUGGGUCAGGGGGGAUUUCCAAGCUCAACCAAGAUGGCACUGAAUUGUGGUUCGAUGAUUCUUCACAUUCGUAUUCACCCAAGCAUCUUGGCUUGUCAAUAACCACGGAUGCAGAAUCUCGGUUUAUUGCCUGCAGUCCAAGCCUCGCUCAUCCAUGCGAUGAGAACGUCUACCUGAACAGUUUGUGUUACAACAUUUCUGAUGAUUUAAAGCCGCUGUCAUCUUUCAUGCCUUUGUUCCAAAAGUGCAUAGAAAAGGUUGUUAACCUUGUGUUUCUGUUUGAUGGAUCCGAGAGCAUGACCACAGAAGAAUUUGAUCAAAAUAAAAAAUUCAUAAUAAACAUAAUGAACCAACUUAAAAACACAUCUUUCAAGUUUGCAGCAGUUCAGUUCUCAGCAGACUGCAGGACAGUGUUCAACUUUAAGGAUUAUGAUGAUGGUACUGCUCAAGGCAAACUUAUCAAAGAAGAGCAUAUGAAGAGUCUCACCAACACACACAAAGCCCUUAACUUUACACUGCACCAUCUCUUGGAAAAUGAAACUGCAGGAGCCUCAAAAGAUGCAAAUAAAGCUGUGGUGAUAAUCACAGAUGGAGAUCCAAGUGAUCUGGAUAAAAAUUUCAAGAGUGUUGAAACUUAUAAUCGCAAAGAGAUCAUUCGAGUGGUUAUUGGGGUUAAGGUUCGAAAUGAUACAAUCAACAAAUUAAAAACAAUUGCAUCAGAUCCAAAAGAUAAAAAUGUGUUCAAAAUUGAAAACUACGAUGGACUUACUGGCAUACUGGAAAGCUUGCAAAAACAGAUCUUCGCUAUAGAAGGAUCUAGUAGAACUCGAUCUGACAUACUGAAUGAUGAAAUGGCGCAAAGUGGUUUCAGUGCCGUCUCACACAAGGACACCUUGAUUCUGGGCUCAGUGGGUUCAAAAACCUGGCGUGGGACUCUCAAUGAGUAUCAGAAACAAAAUAAGGUGAUUUCAGACCCAGAAAUGCAAGAGGCCUCCUACAUGGGAUACUCACUUUCUGUUGGAGAAAGAAAUGGCAUUUCUUUCUAUUUUACGGGCGCUCCACGUUUCAACCACACGGGGCAGGUUGUAGUUUUUCGACGUGAUGAAGACCAAUGGCCAUUAGUCGAAAGAAUAACUGUCGACCAGAUUGGUUCCUAUUUUGGUGCGGAGCUGUGCUCUGUUGACAUUGACUCAGAUGGUAACACUGAUUUCCUGCUGGUUGGCGCUCCAAUGUUUUUCCUUCCUGAGGAGCGAAAAGAAGGGUCGAUCUACAUCUACGCCCUAUCUGAUGAGAUCAAGUCAGGGUUGGUGCUUCAAGUGAAAGCACCAUCCAUGGGAAGAUUUGGCACCACUAUAGCCAGUCUUUCAGAUCUGAAUGGAGAUGGUCUCCGAGAUGUUGCAGUGGGAGCCCCCCUGGAAGAGAACAACGCCGGAGCAGUCUACAUCUACCUUGGACACAAAGAAACAGGGAUGCGCAACAUUUCCAGCCAGAGAAUCACAGGAGCACAAUUUGAUUCUGGAUUGAGAUUUUUUGGUCAGUCCAUCAAUGGAGACAUCGACCUCGGAGAGGAUAGGUUGCCAGAUAUUGUGGUGGGAUCCCAAGGUGCUGCUGUUGUCUUAAGGUCCAAGCCUGUGUUAGAUGUCAAGGCAAAGCUGUCAUUUUAUCCCAGCGUGAUAAGCAUUCAGGAAAUCAACUGCCUGGAUAAGACAGAGGACAAACCUUUACCAAUGACUAACAUAACAGUUUGCUUUGAAAUGGUAGAAGUAACAAACAGCACUGCAGGGCCAGGAAUCAAGAUCUCAUUCACACUCAAUGUGGAUCCAAUGAGGCCAUCAAGUCGAGGUUUCUUCAUUGAAAAUAGAGCAAAUAGGCGGACUAUUAUACAUACCCAUGAGCUGACUGACAAGGAAACAUGCUUCAACUAUUCUAUCUCCAUGAACAAAUGCAUACAAGACACAUUAACUCCUGUCAUCAUCAAGUUAAACUUUUCCCAAGAUUUCAGUGAGAAUUCAACAGGCAUUCUUAACAUAGACAGCAAUAGACGGGCUAUGGUUGAGGUUCCUUUCGAAAAACACUGUGAAAAAGAAAUCUGCAUUGCUGAUCUUGAAGUGGAUUUUAAUUUUCAGUCUGAGGAACUAAUAGUGACAAAAGAUAGCAGCAUCCAAACAUGGAUAAAACUUGAGAAUAAGGCUGACGACUCAUACAACACCAGCCUGACGAUGCUCUACCCAGAGGGCCUCUCGUUCUCAAUGUUGGAUCAAAAAGGGAACAAGAAACUAACUCAAAUCUGCGCUGAUCAAGACAAACUUAAUGAAACCGUUUGUGGCAUAAGCCUUCCUGUAUAUCGCAGCAAAUCCUCUGCCGAGUUUAUUGCUACUUUUCGCACCAAAGAUUUUGAGUGGAAUGACACAUUGCUGAUGACAAUCUUUGCAAAAAGUGAAAAUUCAAACUCCAGCAAGAGUUCUUCUAUGACCAAAAGUAUUCCUGUAAAAUAUUCUGUUGAUAUGGCAAUAGCAGUAAAUGACACAUCUGAUGAAAACCUGAAUUUCACUCCAGAAAAUUAUACAACACAAAAACUGUCAACUGUAUACAAUAUACGCAACACAUAUUUUAAGGAUUUUCCCAUCAGUGUAUUCCUCUUCUUCCAAGACAAACUGGAACACGACUUUGAAAUGAACAACUAUGCAGUUAUUGUCGAGCCAAACAAAACUCAGUGCUCAACCUUUUCCACCCCAAAAGCUCAGGACUGCCCAUGGAAAGAAAACUGUGUGGCCGUAAAAUGCGAUACAUUUAUCUUAAAAAACCAUUCAGAUGUUUACAUUUCCCUCUUGGGGAAUGUGCAUUUCCGAAAUCUGAAGAACUAUGAAUCGAAUAUGCCCUUUCUAAAAAAAUAUACUGGAGUCCACGGAGAAGUCAUAUUUAACAGCUCUAUAAAAGUUCGCUAUGAUGGCAGUAGAUACGUGUUGAAACAAGAGAAAAACAAGAACUACGCAGUAGAGAAAUCAACUGGAGUUGUAGUUGAGUUUACGGUGCCUCAAAAUAUGAAUCUGAUCAUUGCAACUGGUGUGAUACUGGGAUUUAUCCUUCUGAUCAUACUCACAAUCAUCAUGUGGAAGUGUGGCUGCUUCAAGAGGAAAACCAUUGAGGAUUUCAACGAGGAAAUGGCAAGAACCUCAUCUGUGUCAUCUCAUAAUGAAUUUGAACAAGAAGAAGAGGAAAAAAAACCUAUUAAUGUAGACGAGGACAAAGACAAACCCUCAGAUUAACCUGAAGAAAACUGUAAAACAGUGGAUUUUUAGGUUCUUAACCAGCUCAAAUCUGACAAAAUUUAGAGAUUAUUUCUUAUAUUUACAGUUUUUUUCUUCUCUCUUUUUUUCUUACAUUUUCAAAAGAGUAAAAUGGAAAUUAACAAAUUAGACAAUUUGUGUGUCUUGCAAUGAGUGAUCAGAUUUAAUUGAGUCUGAAAGCAGAGAAACAAAACCAGAAUAGUUAAGUACUUAGGGAUAAUGGUUUAGUAGCCUAAUGGAGUCCCAUCUUCACUGACCUCUCUUUUUCAGUAAGAUACACUCUCAUGUUGCAGCAGGUGAUUCAGUGGAUGGUCUUCUAAUAAAAUGAGGGGCACUCAAUUUCAGCUUUUUAAGAUGUAACUGGUAUGGGAGCUUUAUUUUCAUAUUUGUUUCAUAUCUAUAUUAAAGUGAGAGAAAGAAAGAAAAAGGCCAAAAUACAAUGUAUUAAUGUAUUAAUUGUAUAAUUUAUUUCAUUUCUUAGAUUCAGGUGUUUAUUUCCUAUCAACUAACCUUUGAAGACUGAUUCCAACAUACAUAGUUGCUCAUUGUACACCUGUGUUUGGCUUUAUUACAUUCUAGCACCUGCCAUUGUGUGUGUGUGUAUGUGUGUGUGGGUGUGUGUGCGUGUGUGUGCGUGUAAAUUGCUGAUUGCUAAAGAAAUGAAGAAUGACAGCUUUUAUUUAUCAUCAAUCAUUAUGUAGUGAUUCAGUCAUAUGUUGUUUCACACUGGAAUUAAAGCAUUUACAUUAACCUAAUUUCAAAUUAAAGACUCUACAUCAUCAGUG